AGGUCACGCGGGCCACGGCCAUCAAGGCCCUGAAGACCAUGUGUAUUUCCAAGGUGCGAAUUAUUUCGCUGGAUUCCAUCCUCGCGGCUGUCGGGUCGCACCUGUCGGCCUACCUGAGCCAGAACAGCCGCGCCUUCAGGCAGCAGUGCCUGGACGCGCUGGUGCACCUCGUCAACAAGUACGGAACAGCCAUACCGCGAGACACAACGAUGCAGAUCCUCACAGACAUUGUGCCGUUCAUCACGGACACAGACUUGUACAUUACAGACCUGUGUGUGCAGGUGGCCGUGCAGGUGCUCGACAGCGCGCCGGCCGUGGCGCCCGCCGUCGUCGAGAAGUGCGUGCCCGCGGUGCUGACGGUGUGCCGCUCGCCGCUGCUUCAGGGCAGCGCGCUGGACUCGAUCCUCAGCUUCCUGUCCAGAAUAGCUCGGCACAGGGAGCACUGCCCGUUCGAGCGGCUGCGCCAGCAGCUCAGCGACACGUCCGUGGUGGCGAGCGCCCAGGCGCAGGCCCAGCGCCACGUGAUAGGCACGCUGGCCAAGGGGCUUGCCGCCGUCGUCUCCUCCUCGGCCCAGGACGUCCAGGCGGCGGCCGUGCAGCACUUCCUGGGCACCAUCCAGCAGUGCGCGCCCAGCCCGGCCCCGGAGGCGGUGCAGCAGGUGGAGCUCUCGCUGCUCGCGCUGGGCGAGACCGGCAAGUACACCGACCUGUCAUCGACCCCGGGUUUCUGCGAUACCCUGCUAAAGCAGCUGGAAAGCAGCUCGGACGAGAUCCGCCUCGCCGCCGCGUUGGCGCUGGGCUUCGCGACGGUCGGUGCGAUGGGGACGCUGCUGAAGGUCGUCAUCGACAACGUGCAGCAGGCGGGUUCCGCGGCCAAGGGGCAAAAGACGCAGUACCUGCUCCUGACCUCCCUGCGCGAGGUCAUCGCGAUCGGCGUUGGCACGCAGAGGCAACGCCGUCGCCUUGCAGUGAUGGGCCAGCGCUUGCCGACACAGUCGGGCCUCGCUGCAAGGAUCUAUUGCUUCAGCAGCGAUGCCCUUGCCUCCUUGCCUCUUCGGUCUGUUCAGGGCCAAUUUCGGCCUCAUGCCGCUGAAGCUGCGUCAGCAUGGGUGCCAACGGGCAUUGCGUCAUUACCCUGCGUCCUUGCUACGGGUUAUUGUGCACGUGCUCAAUCGACGUGCGCACCCAUGUCUGCAGCGGACCACCAGCAUUGCUUAGUCCCCCUGUCUUCCUUCGCACAACCUCUCCCCAUCUCUGUUGACAUGUUGCUUUGCGAGCGCAGGGCGCCGGCGAUAGCAUGUGCCUCCCUGGCACGUAGUUUGCAAGGACGGUCCUUUGUUCGAGGGUGUAUUUGGCUUGCGAUCUAUGUGGUCACACGUUGGAAGCGAAUCCGAUUUGUGAGGGCUGAACAAAACACGUUGGCAGGGAUGGCGCUCAGGCAAGAGUUUUAUGCGAGAUCCCGAAUGGCUCUACAGGGGCUCUUUGGGCCCCAGCUGCCAAGGG